GUUCAAAAGCGAGGAGUAGAAUUAUCUGGCCAGGCUGUAGGAACGAGCAAGAAUUUGCUAUUAUCUGCUCUCAUCAUGAGUGAAAUACGUCAAAGGGAAGGUGAACAGGUCAAGAAAGAAUCCAGUGAAGAUGUGAAAAAUGUAGAACAAGAAUCAAAUAAGGAAGAAGAAGAGAAACCGGUAGCAGAAGGAUGUGUUCCUCCAGAGAACCUUGGGUUACCUGAGAUCCAGGAACCACCGAUCCCACCACAGAAGGUCAACGUCCCUUUCUUCCUCAAAGGACUUCCUCCAAGAUGGCAGAAUUGGUGUAUCCGUGGAGGAGUCACCUUUGCUCUGGUGUUUGGGUAUAUGCUCAUCAUCUAUGCCGGACCAGUGGGAUUGACAGGAUUGAUCCUCCUGAUCGAAGUGAUGUGCUUCAAGGAGAUCAUCAGCAUCGGUCACGCUGUCUACCGCACACAGAACUUGCCAUGGUUUAGAACACUCAGUUGGUACUUCCUUGCCUGUGCUAACUACUUUGUCUACGGACAAAGCCUCAAGGAUUAUUUUGGCAUUGUACUAAGAAGGGAAUUGCAUGUCUUGCAGCCCUUUAUUGACUACUAUAGGUUCAUCUCAUUCUGGUUGUAUGUAAUUGGUUUUAUGAUGUUUGUCCUAUCUCUCCAGAAGAAACAAUACCUUGUGCAAUUUACUCUGUUUGGUUGGACCCACAUAGCCCUUCUGAUUGUGGUCACUCAGUCCAAUCUUAUCGUCCAGACGUUGUUCGAUGGUAUGAUAUGGUUCUUGCUCUCAACCACAUGUGUCAUCUGCAAUGAUAUCAUGGCCUAUAUGUUUGGUUUCUUUUUUGGGAGGACAUCACUAAUCAAGCUUUCACCUAAGAAGACCUGGGAAGGUUUUAUUGGUGCUCUCUUCUCCACCGUAAUCUACAGUCUAUUUUUCACAAGACUUCUCGCACAGUUUCAGUUCUUCACCUGCCCAGCAGAGUAUGAUGAAGAGAGUAUGGUGUUUGUCAUGGAGUGCGAGCCGAGUUCAACGUAUCAAGUCAGAGAAUACAUCCUACCUGGAUUCGUGCAGACUCUCUUGGGAUUUGUUGGUUUGAACUGGGAAACCUUAAACCUGAUGCCAGCUCAGAUCCAUGCUCUUGUCAUCGCUCUCUUCGCAUCCCUAGUCAGUCCGUUCGGAGGUUUCUUUGCCAGUGGGUUCAAGAGAGCUUUCAAAAUCAAGGAUUUUGGUGAUGUAUUUCCUGGCCAUGGUGGUAUCAUGGACCGGUUUGACUGUCAGUUCCUAAUGGCUUCAUUCCUCUAUGUAUACAUCCAAACUUUCCUCAAAACUGCUAACCCAACGAAGCUAGCGCAACAAAUCCUAAACCUCUCCCAGGAGCAACAACUCUACGUUUUCAACCAGCUGAAAGAAAAUCUCAUCAAAACGGGAGCGAUAGAGGCUUGAAUCCCCAACUCUCCAUGACGAGACAACAGAGGUCUCCCUAGUCAGUGGUGGAGGGAGUGUGUAUAUCGGCGACAUGGCUGUCAGUAGGUACAGGGAGGACAGAUCAGAGUGAGGUUGAUAUUUGAGUGACUAUUGGUAUAUUGUCUGUGUAUUGCACAAAAAGAAUUUCUAGCUGCACUGCUCACUACCUAACAAAAUGUGCAUAAUCCUGUGUACUAUAAUAUAACCCCAAUACUUCAGCUUUGCAAUCAACUCUUUUGUGGUAUAGUGAUACCACUGUCAUGUCAAUGUUCCCGUACACAUUUAAAGGAAAGGUAGACAAUGACAGCAUUGUAGCACAGUUUAUCCUGAGAAAUAGGGGAAUGGAGGAAAUCUUUGUCAGAAGGUUGAUUUUUUGUGCAUUGUGUUGGUUGGAGAUAUCUUCUAAUGAGAUAAAAACAGCUCAUCAUGGCUUGCCAAAGAGGGCGGUGUUCAAGGCCUAAUUGGUGAUUUUGCUAGAGAAAAUAUUGAUGUCACAAAUUAUUAGAAUGGCCAUCAAUUUUUUUAAAUAAAACUUUACAGUAUUUUUCUGAUUGAUUUAAGAAAGUGUAUAUGCUCCAACACUGUCCUAAUACUCAUGAAUCUCUGACAAGAAAAUCACUGUGUACUAAGAGCAUGAUGUUCUGGGGGGCAUUUCAUGAAAGGACUUGUCGGACGUUUUAUCUGACAAGUCCCAUUUUAUCCGACAGUUACCAUAGGAACGGUGCCUCUCAGCCAAUCAAAAUCAUGGAAAGAUGUCAGAUCUGACAACUUGUUGGAUGAAAAUAUUGAUGAAACGCUCCCCAGUUCUCCUUUAAAACUCUAAUUACUGACAUAGCGCCAGCCUCUCCCUCUAUCAGAAGUCUCUCAGCAUCCCACAAGGGUGUAUUAACUUUAUCCUGGCUUUAGUACAGAAGUCUUGCAUAUUAACCAGGUCCCUUCAUCAUAAAGCUCAGUGUUUGAUUGUGGGGCUUGUUUCUAUUAUUGAUUGUACACAAUAGUCAAUGUUACCAAUCGUAGAAACUGGCCCUGCAAUCAAUUACUUAGCUUUAUAUAACAGGGUCCAGGGGGGCGUUCAUGAAAGGACCUGUCAGACGUUUUAUCCGACAAGUCCCAUUUUAUCCGACAGUUACCAUAGGAACAGUGCCUCUCAGCCAAUCAGAAUGAAGGAAAGAUGUCAGAUCUGACAACUUGUCGGAUGAAAAUAUUGAUGAAACGCUCCCCAGGUCCCCAUUUCAAGGACAAUAGCUCAAUCUGUAAAAAGGGGGGGUGUUUUGUGUUCUGGUGAUCCGGGUUUGAUUUCUACUUGGUGUGCGAAAGCCCUCUGGUAAGGCAUUAAUCCUCAUUACCAGGUCCCUCAGAGAGGAACUUAGUCCUCUGGUUGCUUGGUUGCAAGCAUUCAUGUUUUCUUAGAAAUCAUUUUUUUUUAAUCACCGUCACCACUUAUACCUCAUCUGGGAUGUGGAAUAUUUAAUGUACUAUGAUGCUAGUAGACUAGUGAUGAAAGUCCCCAGUUAUCUGCAAUACAGAAACAAACUCAAAGUUAUCUGUCAAAAAUCAAUUCCUGGAAGAACACAGAAUAUCAUGGGAUCUCAUGGAAAAUGUGAUGAAUUUUUAGGGCAGAAAUAUUGAUCACAUUUUACCUACAUAUGAAUAAACCCAAAACAACAUAAAUCAUAAUCAAAGAAAAAUUCAAUAAGAUAUUCUUCAAUAGUUAAUUCAAAUCAAUCUGUUUGCACUGAUAAGGAUGGGCCCAUGAAGUAGCAUUGCAUCUCUGGAAAUUGCACCAUUUCAACAAGUUUUGGUAUCAAAAGUUACAUUCCAUAUGGUUUGUACAUGCUACCAAAGAAAAAAGAAUUGGAAUGUAAGAACACUAAGUAAUGCAGAAUUUGCUGAAAGAGUUGAUAGUAGAAACUGGGGACCUAAUAGGAAAAAUGCUGAACAAUAGAGCCCAAAGAUUUUUAUAUUUGCAUGUGAAUAUUGGAAAGACAAUAUUGUCUUUAUGUUGUUCUUUGUGAUGUAUAUUACAAGUGUACAACUAUUAGUAAUUUGUAGUAUUAAUGAAAUUGGUAAAGAAUAUCUGAUUUAUGUGCAUGCAUUUCACUAGGAGAAUGUAAAAUGGUGGAUUACAUGUAUUUAAGCACAAGCACACACUAUGCGAUCUGAUACGAUGCGAUUUCUUGAUAAAUUGCAUAUUGCAUGAAAUAUGAAAGUUCCAAGAAGAAAAAUUACUUUACAGGUUGUACUUAAAGUUUGGCAUAAUGUUAGUGAAAGUAAAAUAAUAAUUUUGCUUUGCAGCAAGCCCUGUUGUCGUGGUAAAGUCCCAAUUGGCUUCAAGUCACAGCUGACAACGUCAUUGCACUUUGGAAUAGAAUUUUCUACAGGGAGGGUUGAACUUGACUGAAAUUCAAUUUCACUAGUCCUACUUCUAUUCUUACCUCUGAUUGCUUAAAUUUUAUUGAUUUUAAUGUUCAUAUCAAAUGUUAAAAUUUCUCUGAAAAUCAGAUUGCAAUGAAUCACAUAUUUAGUGUGUGUCGGUUUUUAAGGAUUGUAAAUUGAUUUGAUUUGAUAUGGAGAAUUCAUUAAGGAAAUUUAGAUACUAAUAGUUUUGAAAGAAAUUCAUAUCACCAAAAUAAUGCCAUGAAUUCUUAGAAUUCCUCUUUUUUUACCAAGUAAGCUUUAACUUACACAUUAAAGAACAGGAGUCAGUAAAGCUUUCUUGUACAUUCUUUCAAAGUUCAACUGUUCCUGAAAAAAAAUUCUUUGAUCUUUAAACUUUGCACGGGUAUGAAAGAUUUCAAGUUUUACGGAAAAUCGUCACAGGGAUUGAAUCAUGAUUAUUUAGUUUUUAAGAAUCUAGAAUUAUGAUCUAUUGAAAAAUAUGGAGUUUGGUGAUUAGUGAAAUAUUUGAUGCAUACUUGCUGUAGUAGGAAUGGUUUAUAACAUGAAUGAAUAUGUAUACAUAGGAUAAGAUUUAUUUAUUGUUUGCACUGUUUUAUAUUGAUGUUAUAGGGUCUUGUGAUGUGAGAAGAAUUAUUGUGUUGACUAAAUGGGUGAUUUCAAGUCCGGUGUUGGCCUUGGUGUUAGUGUUAGUGUUGAAAUUUGGAUUGCUUCCCCUAGCUCCAAAACGUAUUUAGAGUUUGUCAAGCUGAUCCAGAUCACAUUAUUGACAUCUCAACAACUAGUGAGUGACUUUUCAGGACCAUCUUCAUUUUAUGUUUGGCGUUAUAAUCUUGUAAAAAUCGACCUUACACCAAUACCAAAAGGUCAACACUAAACUUGAAAUCACCCAAUGUAAGAUAAGAUGAACAUAUUUUGGUCCUAUCAAAUAAAUUGGCUUAUUAGAUUAUAAAAAAGGCUUUAUCAAUUGCGGAAGAAAAGCUAAUAUGUGCUGCAAAACUUUUCUUUUAAAAAUUCACUGUUUUUGGUAUUCACAUGGUCAAAUCUUAUAGAUAAUAAGCAUAUUUUUUGUAUGAUUUUCUUAUGCACUACUAAUUUGUCCUCCACCAAAAUAUCACUUGGAAAAGUCACAGUUAGAAGUGCUUGAGAAUGGGUAAAAGUUGUCAAAAGUUUGAAACAUUGAUGUACAUGUCCUUUUAACUGGUAAUGGAAGAAAGAAACUCCUAUAGAUGUUGUCUUUGUGAAAAAUUAGUAGAGAAAAAACAUGGUGUGAUGCUGGCGUCAUAUGUUUAUCUAUCGCAGAAAUAUUUAUGUACAAAGUUAAACUCAUCUUGAAAACGAUAUUCAAGUGUUUGUGUGAAUUUAAGAAAAUAUGUUGCAUUGUUAUUCUUAUGACUCUUAAUUAUUUUGAUCUAAUUC